AUGGCUAUCCGGCUUCCCGAGGAUGUUGAGGAUGUUCAGCCGGCGGAUAGUGACGUUCUCGCGGCCGCGCCUGAAGCUGACGCGCGGGUCGCGUCGCAACUCGACGAACAGCAGGAACGCGCUCACCUUCCAUGGUGGCGCCGGCCCACGCCCUGGUGGCAAAUAGUUUGCUACACGGUCUCGGUGUUCGCAACAGCAUCAACGGUUCCUGCAAAGCUGGAGAUCGUCAAUCUACUCGUCUGCCAAGACAUCCGUGGGGAAACCGGGCUCUCGUUCAACGCCUUUGCUCAGCUCUUGGACGAUGAUAAGCAACCGCCUUGCACUAGCGACCCGAAGGUACAAGGUCAAGCGGCAGCAGUCUUCGCAGUCUUCUUAGUAGCUGCCGGCAUUUGUAGCUGCACGACAGCUCCGAUUUGGGGAACGCUGUCCGACCGACAUGGUCGCGUGUUUGUCCAGAGGUUCUACGCGCUGGGCCCUCUGCUCGCGGAUGUGCUAUUUGUUCUCCUUGCUUCCUUUGCAAGUCGCGUGCCAGGCGGAUCAUGGGCUGUGGUUAUCGCUGGAUUGGUCGAAGGUGUCUUCGGAGUCGGAACUUUGACGCUUGCUCAGUCCUACAUUGCCGAUUCCGCAGACGCAGAUAGCACAUCACGAUGGUUUGCCCUCUUCCAAGGCGCAUUCUUCUUCGGCAACGGGCUCGGUCCCCUCCUUGCAUCGAUCAUCACGCACUACUCAGGCUUCCUUGUCGUUUUCUACGCGGCCAUCGCUAUGCACGUUGUGUUCCUUCUCCUUGUCUGUUUCGUGGUACCGGAGUCGUUGUCCCCAGCACGGAUGGAGGCCGCACAGCAAGAACAUGCUCGGGACCUUGAGGCGCAUCAUCUCACCGCUGGAGGCCUUCUAGUGGACGCGAAGAAGGCCAUCUUGUCGGUCUUGGAGCCGCUGGAAGUCUUCCUUCCGGUGUCGGGAAGCUUCAGCAUACCUCCUGUCAGGCUACCGAGCCGUUCUUGGAACCUUACCCUUAUCGCGCUGGCCUACUUCCCUGACGCGCUCAUCACCGGUGCGGGCGUGUACUACAUCCAGUACGGGAUGGCGAAAUUCGGGUGGCGCUCUGAGCAGAUCGGGGUCACAAUCAGCAUCUCUUCAUCUUCGAAGGCUAUCUUCCUCAUGGUCAUAUUGCCUCUGUUCAUCAAGUUCUUCCGUCCCAGCGACCUGGCCGCAGUCGUCAAUGGUUCGCGCGAAUCUUCUCCAACAUGCGAGGACGAGCGCGUUCCGCUGCUUCGAUCUCUAUCUUACGUUCGUAGGGUGAAGGAUCGCGGCAUCACCUGGGAUCUCAACCUCGCGCGAAUCUCACUGCUUCUUGCGGCCGGUUCGGUGUGCGGACUCGCAUUGGCGAAACGCUCAGUUGCGUUCAACGUUGCCAUCGCAUCAGCAAGUCUCGGCUCCGGAUUUCUGCCAACGAUUCAGAGCUUCGCUCUCGAGGCGUAUCGUCGCCGCGGGGGCACGGAGUCUGGUCGACUCUUUGGCGCGCUAGCGGUCAUCCAGGUUCUUGGUACUCAGAUCUUAGGCCCAUUGAUGUUUGGUUUCGUCUUUGCCGAGAGCAUCGAGGAGUUGCCGAAGCUUAUAUUCGUCGUUGGGGAUGUCCUGCUAUUCAUUUCUUUCAUCGUCAUGUUGUUCAUACGGGUUCCUCAUGAUUACUCUGCACAUUUGGGGGUUCCAGUACAGUGA